UCAGGCCCUAACGCCGAUUACACUCCUAUCACUCCCCUGAAAUUUUCAGGAAGAAAGGCGAGGCAAAGAGUGAAGGCGAAGGGCGUCCGAGAAUGGCGCCCGUAGCACCAAGCUCGCAGCCAUGGGUGGAGAAAUACCGGCCGAAGCAAGUGAAGGACGUGGCUCACCAGGACGAGGUCGUGCGUGUCCUCACCAAUACCCUCGAGACCUCCAAUUGCCCUCACAUGCUCUUCUACGGCCCUCCCGGAACGGGGAAGACCACCACCGCGCUCGCCAUCGCCCACCAACUCUACGGACCAGAAAUGUACAAGUCAAGAGUUCUAGAACUCAAUGCAAGUGAUGAUCGUGGAAUUAAUGUUGUGCGGACAAAAAUCAAAGAUUUUGCUGCUGUUGCUGUGGGUUCUGGAUCUCGUCAAGGUGGUUAUCCAUGCCCACCUUACAAGAUCAUUAUCCUAGACGAGGCUGAUUCAAUGACUGAAGACGCACAGAAUGCUUUGAGGCGUACUAUGGAAACUUAUUCCAAAGUUACAAGAUUCUUCUUUAUAUGUAACUAUAUCAGCAGGAUUAUAGAGCCGCUUGCUUCCAGAUGUGCAAAGUUUAGGUUUAAGCCUCUUUCUGAAGAGAUCAUGAGUAAUCGCAUUUUGCACAUUUGUAAAGCGGAAGGCCUUACCCUGGAUUCUGAGGCUCUUUCUACUCUGAGCUCCAUCUCCCAAGGUGAUCUGCGCCGUGCAAUUACAUAUUUGCAGAGUGCAGCUCGCUUAUUUGGAUCAACCAUUUCUACCAAAGACCUAAUUAGCGUUUCUGGGGUAAUCCCUCAGGAUGUUGUUCAGUCACUGUUUAUGGCUUGCAAAUCUGGUGACUUUGAUGUGGCAGACAAAGAAGUUAGUAAUAUAAUUGCAGAGGGAUAUCCAGUUUCACAGAUGCUUUCCCAGUUGUUAGAGGUAAUCGUUAAUGCAGACAAGAUAUCAGAUGAACAAAAGGCAAGAAUUUGCAAGAAACUGGGUGAAUCUGAUAAGUGCCUGAUUGAUGGAGCAGACGAGUAUUUGCAACUAAUGGAUGUGGCCUGUCACGCAAUGCGAGCUCUUUGCAACAUGCCAGAGGAAUUGCACUUUAGUUAAUCAGUUUUUGGUAACAAAAUGUUGGCAUUACCGAACUCCAGGGAUCUGAUUCUACUUGAAUCACUGAAAUGCUUGUAGUAUUAGAGCUUUAAUGUUUUCAAUGCCCUUACUGUAUUUACGAAGUUUUCUGGCAGCAAAAAUCUGAACACUCAGGUUUGCUGCUCAUGAUCUUAUGUUCCAUUUGUUUAAGCUGUACGCUUGCAAUUUCUAUAAAUCUUUUGGCUGCAUUCCAGUAGCUUCCUUCAAA